UCGGCACUCAUUGUUCAUUCUAUCGAGCCGACAGACAUGCCAAUGCAAGCGGAGCAGAACCGCAAGGGAUUCCUUUGGGGACUCAUCAUGCUCGUGUCUGGGACCAUGUGCACCAUCAUCACCAAAGUCCAGUACGGCAUGCGCGCCGAGGGCACGGAAACGUGCGUCGUGAACGGAACCGAGUCGAACAUGUGCCUCUUCGACAAACCGUGGUUUGGAGUCCUCCAAAUGAAACUCGCGAUGGCGUUCUGCAUUGUCGUCUUGAUGAUCCGCCAAAAGGUGCAGAAGCGAUCGUACUUGGAAACACCCGUGAUGAACAUGCAAAAACACGGCAAAAAGUUCAUGUCUACACCCAAAGCGAGUCGCGGAAGCGCCUCCAACGAGCGCACGCCCAUUGUCGCUUCUUCAUCUGCGCCAAAGUCCACCAGCUGGGAAACGAUUCUUUGGAUCUUGUUUCCAUCCUUCCUCGACUUGCUCACCACAGUUCUCGCGAACGUUGGUCUGCUGUGGGUGUCGUCGUCGAUCUACCAAAUGUCCCGCGGGUCCGUCGUGCUCUUCAACGCCAUCUUCUCGGUGCGAUUCAUGGGAAAAAAGCUCUUUGCGUACCACUACGUGAGCAUCUUUGUCGUCAUGACUGCCGUCGCGAUCGUCGCCUACGCGGGAAUCAUGCAAUCCAACUCGGCCACCAAGUUGUCUGUGGAAGACCAGGAAAAGCAAGCCAACCAAGUGUUGGGGCUGUCCCUCAUUUUCGCUUCGCAAUUGAUCACUGCCAUCCAAAUCGUUGUCGAAGAGUGGUUCCUUACGGCGCGCCAAGUGAGUCCGCUGACGUUGGUCGGUUGGGAAGGCAUCUGGGGCCUCGUGUUCUUCGUCGUGCUCACGCCGCUGCUCAUGGCGACGCCCCCCGGCACCACGGCACUGUCCAAGAUUUGGCACGAAGACUUUGUCGACACCUUUGUCAAGAUGAGCAACUCGUUCGCUGUGUCCAUGCUUGUGCUGCUCUACAUCAUCUUGAUCGGGCUUUUUAAUCUUGCGGCCAACUUUGUCACCAAGUACUUGAGCUCCGUCGUGCGCAGCAUUUUGGACACCCUUCGUACGUUGGGGGUGUGGGUGCUGUCGCUCUUUAUCUUUUACGUCGUGCGGUGGACGGGGGCGAACUCUCCCGGCGAGCCGUGGACUGUCUGGAGCUGGUUGGAGCUGGCUGGUUUUGCGCUGAUGGUGGCAGGCACGUUGGCGUACAAGAAGAUCCUACAUCUUCCCCUCAAGAGCUUGUACGAAGCGGAAGAGAAGGCGGCGUCGGCCGCUUUCGUCAAAUCUCCGUUCAUGUCCAACAUGCAUUAAGCAUCGGACAGAUGGCGAUCGGUGCAGGUGUGCCACUGGCACUAGUUUUAGAUUCAUCCGAGCUGUGCGCUUGAGCGCCAAUGACGACGAUAAUGCGAAAAUUCACCAAACAGAUCAAUACCGUCGA